CAUUUCCAUUUAUCUUGCAGGGAAGUUUAUGCAGUCUCUAUUGUCGGUCCUUUCCCACUUGCAGUUACCAGUCUGGUUGAUCUUACUAGGCUGGAUCUACACAAUAACAAACUGACUGGGCCAAUUCCACCUCAAAUUGGGCGGUUGAAGCAUCUUAAGAUACUUAAUUUGAGGUGGAAUAAGCUGCAAGAUUCCAUUCCUCCAGAAAUUGGUGAACUAAAGCAGUUAACCCAUCUUUAUUUGAGUUUUAAUAGUUUCAAAGGUGAAAUCCCAAAGGAGCUUGCAAAUCUUCCUGAACUUCGUUAUCUCCAACUUCAUGAAAAUCGGCUGACGGGGAGAAUUCCACCUGAAUUGGGAACUUUGCCAAAUCUGCGGCACUUAGAUGUUGGUAACAACCAUUUGGUUGGGACAAUAAGGGAACUCAUACGUAUCGAAGGGUGCUUCCCAGCUCUUCGUAACCUAUAUCUUAAUAACAACUAUCUAACUGGAGGUAUUCCAGCACAGCUUGCAAAUUUGACAAAAUUGGAGAUAUUAUAUCUAUCUGGAAACAAAAUGUCUGGAAUUAUACCAUCUGGUCUUGCUCAUAUACCUCAAUUGACUUAUUUGUAUCUGGAUCACAAUCAAUUUUCCGGUAGGAUUCCUGCUGCCUUCUACAAGCACCCAUUCUUAAAGGAAAUGUACAUCGAAGGAAAUUCAUUCCGGCCAGGUGUGAACCCAAUUGGUGUCCACAAAGUCCUAGAACUUUCAGACUCGGACUUUGUAGUUUAGACAUGACUCAAGAGGAUAAACUCGAUUUUGUCUUGUUUUGGUAAUUUAUAGUAGGUUUUGUGUCGAAAGGAU